AUGCUCAUCCCUCCUUCCACGGUCCAGGGUGACCGUCUGCUGGAGUACCUGGACUUCCUAAGACUCCAGGCCAUAGCAGCUCGUGACAAGGAGUUUACUAGUAAUCACACCAAGGACUGGUACCAUGGAAUGCCUGCGCCGUACACGUUAGUGAAGUAUGCUCCGUUCGAGCAGUUCAACAGGGCCAACUUUGGACAAACCAUGAACUCAGAGGUGUACUUGAGCCCUCAUGUCCAGUUGGAGAAAGUGGCGCUACCGCAUUCAAAUACGAGAUCGAGCUCUGUCAGCCAGCUGCUGAAGCGGUCGGACGAUACGCUGGACUACGCCGAGAACUUCAAGCGUGACUGGGAUGCCUCGUCCUUCUCUGGAUACUUCCAGCUUCCCAACUUCUCCUACUCCACGCUGCAGCCCCGCAAAGACACGUCUGAGGGAACAGGCCAAUUCUGCUACCAGACCCAUUUUGAUGUGGAAAACCUCACCGUGAUGUUUGGUGGCUUGGUGGUCGACACCCGACAAAGCUUGAGGUGCCUCGGUAUCCCCCGUCUGACAGACUUGUCCCGAAUUUCGGUCUACUUCCCCUACGACUUGCCCCCUCACAUCAACAAACAUGUUCUCAUGUCCCCCUGUGUCACACAGAACACCGACAUGAUAUUGUUCGAUGCCAUGAAGGGCACUGUUCAGGCUAACCCGAUCAAACUUUACUCAGAGAUUCAUCCAGGUGAUAUCUGUGCUAUGGAGGGCACAAUGAUUGCUGAUUCAUACGUUUUCUACAGCGGUGGCUUCCAUGUCGAUGUGGACAAGGUGGAAUACAAGGAAGAGAUCAACAGGUGGAUCGUUCACAAGUCCAUCAGGCUCAACGAGUACGGCUUUAUCCUCGACGUGAGAACGAAGCAGUUCACGCAGAUCAAAAUCAAGUCAAACUCAGAGGUGCAUUACAAUGGUUCCAUAGGCAAUGCCUUGGUAUCUAACCGGUUGGAAAAAGCUUCGUUGCAUUCCAGUAAACUAGUGCUGCCUGAUCUUCCCGCUGCAUACAACAGUCCCGGUUCGAGCUCGAACACCAGUGCAAAAUCCAGAGACCACAACUCUCAAGGAACCCCGACCCUCCAAGGGCCUACAGUCUUACCAGCUGGUGCCAGAAUCAACAAAAAGCUCUACCAUAAGCAGAGCACGGUCUUCAACGCCUACAACAUCCAGACAAAUCUCGCGCCAGAACACAGACCAACUGACGAAAUCAUCAAGCAAGACUUCUGGCAGAACAAGUGA